AUGGAAAAAGCUUGGUUUAAGCUUCGUCAGACAGACUACCCGCCUCAGAAAUCAGAGGCGAUGGGUACGGAGAAGGAAACGGCUCCGCUAUGCCUGGGUCACUUCGUUCAAGACCUGAACCGUCUCGACUUCCCCAUCAACCGCGACGAUAUCGAACCAUUUCCCCCAAGCAUGCCCAUUUAUUACACCAAUUCCCUCAAUUUUUCCUGGAAAGAAGAUCGGGCUGUCGCGUACGGCGUUGAGCUCGGCGGAAGCGCCUCUGUCUUGGCUACUACAGGGGUACCUAUCACGGCCAAAGCGGAUGUCGAGACCAUCUUCAGGGAUUCCGUCUCCAACUACGAGCAGUACAAAAGGCUGGACACGUAUAUCAUUCAGGUCACUACGGCAUACAUUGAAAAAUGCUUAAAAAGGGCCACAAUUACGAAGUACGUGGAAGAUAAUUCGCCGUUCGGACGCUGGUCUGUAUAUGUUAUCACUGGAUUGAAGAUUGCGCGGGCUGGCUCAACAUCAGCUUCCUCAUCUCACGAAACCAAGGACUUGCCAUUGAUUGCUUCCGUCCAGGCCGAACCCAACGUUACUCGCAGCAAAGAUACGACGAUGGCGGCAGAGAAGCAGUCUGACUUCAUCUGGGCUAUACGAAUUGCAAAAGUUCACAAGGGGAUGCUAGUGAAAGACUGGUCGGUCGAAACGUAUACGAAAAAGGCGACGCUCGGCAUUCAUAAAGAUGUCCGGAUGAAAUACUACUCAGUCGGCCCAACCAGUCCCAAAGCGACGUCCAUCGGCCCGUUCACGAACGAAGCGAUGCUGAUCCGACCGUCCACGAACCUAGUGAGGUUCAUCGGCCGGAAGAGUGAGAUGCAUGUUGAGCAUGUCGUAUCAGCGGAGGGUGUAACGCCUACACGCGUACUAGAGGACGAUUUGCAUGAUGAGACCUUUGUCAUACUUCCAGAGCAGGGCCAGUUGUAA